AUGUCCAUUAGACCACCAGCCUUCACUGCCCCUGCCUCUCUUCUCUUCUUCUCCAUCUUGUACCUCCCAGCUGGCUGUGACCCCAUUGUCUUCGGCUGGCCCUUUGUCAUUCUGUGGAAUGCACCUACCUAUCCUUGCCUGGCCAACUACAACGUAUCGCUCGACCUGGAAGCUUACGAUAUUAUUGUCAACCAGAACCAUUCUUUCCUGGGCCCGGAAGUGGUGAUCUUCUAUAGCACCCAGUUGGGUCUCUAUCCAUACUACAACCAGGACAACAAGCCGGUCAAUGGCGGUCUUCCACAAAAUUCCAGCCUUGGAGACCACUUGGUUAAAGCUCGGGAAGAUCUGGAAGCGAUCAUGGUGGACCAGAACUUCAGUGGAGUGGCUGUGGUGGACUGGGAAGAGUGGAGGCCCCUAUGGGACCGUAACUGGAGAAAUAUGACCCUCUACCACUUGUGGUCACUGCAGCUGGUUAGUCAGAGGCACCCCAAUUGGUCCUAUAGCAAGCUGAGCAGGCAUGCAAAGAGGCAGUUUGAAUCAGCGGCCAAGGCCUUCAUGAUGUCCACCUUGCAGAUGGCUCUCCAGCUGAGCCCCAUGGGCCUCUGGGGGUUUUACGGCUUUCCAGACUGUUACAAUUACGACUUUGCAAAUUCCAGCCAGAAAUACACCGGCCGAUGUCCAGACGAUGAAAUGCGAAGGAAUGAUGCCUUGGACUGGUUGUGGCAGACCAGCCAAGCUUUGUAUCCUCACAUCUACCUGGACAAAGAUAUCAAGGACUCUGAGCACGUGGGACCGUUCGUCAGGCACCGUGUGCAGGAAGGACUCAGGGUGUCAGCUGAUGCAGAGGUCCCAGUGCUGCCCUACGCCCGCAUCGUCUACACCCACAGCAUGGACUUUCUGACUCAGGAUGAUUUGAUUAGGACGAUCGGACAGAGCGCAUCGCUGGGGGCCUCCGGAGUCGUCCUUUGGGGGAACAAUGACUACAGUCACAGCAAGGAGUCCUGCUUGGCUGUAAAGGAAUACACAGAGAAGACCCUGGCCCCUUACCUGAAGAACGUCUCUAUGGCGGCCGUACUCUGCAGUCAUGCGCUAUGUACGGGUAACGGACGCUGCGCUCGCAGAUUUGUGGAUUCUGAUGUCUACCUCCACCUGGACCCCCAAAUCUUCACCAUCCAGAGGAAUCCCUUCAUGAAAGGAUUUGUGGUGCAUGAAAAUGUCACCAAGAAGAAAGCGAAACGCAUGUGGGAUCAUUUUCAAUGUCGCUGCUAUAAGGGGUGGAAAGGAAGCGACUGUUCCCUGAAGAGGCACCCACAAUGA